UCUCUAUUGGCAGAUGGACGGAGGCCCUAAAAAUUAAAAAUGUAGGUUUUUCAAAACUCCAUGAAAUAUAAUAUGUAUGGUAUGACCGUAUGAAAUCAGAAAACUUGGGGAGCUUUUGUUAAAAGGAUAAAAGUUCAGGUGCGGAUAAUGCAAUUAACCAAAAUAAGGGGGAAAAGAAAAAGGAAAUUCCACAUACUCUCAGGUACAAAAUGGUAAAGCAGAUGCUGCUGCAGCUGUUGCCACUUCUCGCUUCCCGACCAGGCUGCUUCAUCACGCGCACAUCAAGGCCAAGGGCGCUCCGAUCAUUCUCCUCCACCAAGAUGUCGUCGGAAUCCUACACGUUCGGGCCUUACAAGAUACCCAACGAGGAAGUGUUCUACUCCUCCCAGCUUUCCUAUGCUAUGGUUAAUCUGCGUCCCGUCGUUCCCGGUCAUGUGCUUGUCUGUCCAAGGCGUGAAGUUAAGCGCUUUGUUGAUCUCACUGUUGAUGAGACUAGUGAUUUAUGGCUCACUGCACAGAAGAUCGGCAGCCAGCUUGAGAGCUACCACAAAGCAUCAUCUCUCACAUUUUCAAUCCAAGAUGGGCCCCAAGCAGGACAGACAGUACCCCAUGUGCACAUCCAUAUCCUGCCACGGAAAGGCGGUGACUUUGAGAAGAAUGAUGAGAUCUAUGACGCAAUUGACGAAAAGGAGAAACAUUUAAAGCAAAAGCUUGACUUGGAUAAAGAAAGAAAGGACAGAAGCCUUGAGGAGAUGUCCCAAGAGGCAGAUGAAUACAGAAAGCUCUUGUAAUUGUUAUUUUUGCAUGAAAUAUUUCUUAGUUAAAUAAAUAAAUAA